AUGAAUCCCCAAGACUGCACCUCCAUCCCUGGGGAUUUCAACCUCUCCUCCUCCUCCAGGGGCUACUCCACAGUCACCAACCUCUUCAUGAACGAGUCCGGCGAGAGCGCUCCCUUCCAGGACAGCAGCACCGUUAUCACCGCAGUAAUCUCUAUGACUGUAUUCAUGGUGGGCCUCCUGGGAAACACGCUGGCCAUCUACGUGGUCCUGCGCUAUGCCAAGAUGAAGACUGUCACCAACAUGUACCUUCUGAACUUAGCUCUGGCAGAUGAAUUGUACAUCUUAGGACUUCCCUUCCUGACCACCCAGAACGUGCUCUCUUAUUGGCCGUUCGGGCAGUUUCUGUGCCGCGUGGUCAUGACGGUAGACUCCAUCAACCAGUUCACCAGCACCUUCUGCUUGACCGUGAUGAGCAUUGACCGCUACCUGGCCGUGGUGCACCCCAUUCGGAGCGUCAAGUGGCGGCAGCCGAAGGUGGCUAAGAUCAUCAACGGGCUGGUGUGGGUGGUGUCGUUCGUGGUGGUGCUGCCGGUCACCAUCUACUCAGAUGUUCAGGACCGCUUCAACUCGUGCAACAUGAGCUGGCCUGAUCCCCAGGAGCUGUGGUCAACGGUCUUCAUCCUCUACACGGCCAUCUUGGGCUUCUUCGGCCCCCUGCUGAUCAUCUGCCUCUGCUACCUGCUCAUCAUCAUCAAGGUCAAGUCUGCCGGGGCCAGGGCGGGCCUGACCAGGCGGCGCCGCUCUGAACGCAAAGUCACCCGCAUGGUGGUCAUCAUCGUGGUGGUCUUCGUCAUCUGCUGGCUGCCCUUCUUCACCACCAACAUAGUCAACCUCGUCUUCAUCAUACCAGAAAACAGUGUCACCGCCGGCGUCUACUUCUUCCUGGUCAUCAUGACCUACGUCAACUCCUGUGCCAACCCGCUCCUCUACGGCUUCCUGUCUGACAACUUCAAGCAGAGCUUCAGGAAGGUCCUGUGUCUCCACAAGGCGAACGGGGUUGGGGUGGGGGACGGAGGAGACAUGGGGAGCGGAGGGGGACGUCCCAUAUCCCCUAGGCUGGAGAGGGUGGAGACGACGCAGCAGCAUGACCCGCUCUUCACCCCCCGGAUCAUGGACUUCAACAAUGGACACAUGCAGAACAACCAAGACAUCUACUCAAAACGUUGCCUGGGGGCGGGCGGCAGCAUUAUCAAGGAUCAAACACACCCCAGCCACUCCUUUACCGUCGGGCAGAUGGUAUCGGAGUAUGAGGUCUGA